AUGGCUAGCGGCGUGUACAAGGUCGGAGCAGUCGCUGUGAAUGAGAUCAGGGAAUCCUACAACCAAACAAGAGCAGGCGAAAUCGAUACACCCGAGUCCGCCAAGAUUACUAUACCAGGAUCCUUCCCCGACGUCGCCAUUAUUACAAAGGGGAACGAGCAGAUGGUCCUGUUUCCGUCGUACGCGAAGAGGCAUGUUAAGGGCCAGCCGAGAGAGUUUGCGAAUCCUGGUGGGCCGCCAGAUGUUUCGAGCGUGGGAAUGAACGAGCAGGAUUACUGGCGGUCCGAGUGGGCACGCCAUGAGGACGAGAAGGCUGUCGUGGACGUCGAUGUGCGCGGCUGGAUAUACAAUCCACACAGGGGCCCCAUGAACCGCCGCAAUAGAGUCUUGGUCGGUUUGGCUAGGCAGCUCAGUGGCAUUCCAGUGCCAAAGGCACAGCAAGCAGAAGCGGCUUCGAAUGCUGACCCAUCCUUUUCGAGUAUCCACCAGCAGCACGAAGAGGAGCGAGAGCGGCUAAGCAUCGCAAGGGAAGCGAAGGAGAUCGAACGUAGAGGCCAGGCCGAGAAGGAAGCUGCUCAGAAGGGAGGCUACAGUGAACGCCCAAAGGACGAGGACUCGGAGGACGACGGUGAUAAGCGUCUGCAUGGGUUCCAAGAUGGAACAAGGACACCCCCUUCCGCGCCUCCUUCUCCGACCCUCUCGGCCAGGUCAACCACAAUGGGGAGCAGCGGGCUCAGCGAGGCCGAAGUUGCGCUGGCAAAUGCGAACUUGAUGGCUCGGAUUGGCCCAUUCAUGACGACUCCCCUGGUCGACUUACCCAUCACCUUGUUCUUCUUCAAUGACACACAAUCACAGUCGCGCACCGUCAUGACAGAUGAUUCAGGACACUUCACUACCCGCGCAGCUCUUGAUUUUGUGCCCACCCAUGUGCGGGUGCUGGCCAAUGAGGACAUCUCCUACACUGAACCCGUACAAGUCAUUGAGCCUAAAGGCGUCAGCCUCAUCAGUGAUAUAGACGACACUAUCAAACGCUCUAACAUAGCACUCGGAACCAAGGAGAUAUUCCGCAAUACCUUUGUCCGGGACCUGGGCGAACUGACCGUGGAUGGAGUCAAGCGUUGGUAUAACAGCCUUCACGAUAUGGGUGUGGAUAUACACUACUGCUCAAACAGCCCUUGGCAGCUCUACCCAGUGUUGGCUACAUAUUUCAAGCUUGCUGGGUUACCGCCGGGAUCAUUACAUCUGAAGCGGUACUCUGGCAUGCUCCAGGGGAUAUUUGAGCCUGUCGCCGAGCGGAAGAAGGGGACGCUGGAAAAAAUCAUGAAUGAUUUCCCCGAAAGAAAGUUCCUCUUGGUCGGCGACAGUGGCGAGGCUGAUUUGGAGGUGUACACCGAGCUGGCCGUUGCCAACCCCGGUAGGAUCGUUGCUAUUUUCAUUCGUGAUGUCACCACGCCUGAACGUGCAGGAUAUUUCGACUCUGGGUUCGACCCCGGCAACAGCCGCAGACUUCGGAAAGUUCCCAGCACUCAGCUAGAACCCAGAUCCAGGGGUAGCUCGCGGGACGAUGCGACGGGCAGGCCAGCUCUGCCUCCGCGGAUGGCAACAACACCAAAGCCCGAAAGCCCUGUGAUGGGCGACUUGAUCGAUUUUUCAGACGAGCCUGAACCUCUCCGGCGUGUCGAAUCGGAAGAGACGUCUACGCAGCAGCUGACGAAUCAAGAUGCGCGAGAUACAGGUCUGCCGGGUCGAAAGCCGCCCCCUAGGCCGGCGAAGCCAACGUCCCUAAAGAGCUCCCCGUCUGUUUCUAUUCUAUCUUCUAAGGACACUGGUGAUAAGAAACCUCCACCACCACCUCAGCCGCGCAAAUCUGCGCCUUCGAGCGGACACUCUUCCAGGGACUCCACACCUCAUCCACUAGCACAGACGCAGAACUCAUCACAGCAAACACUUACCCAAGAGACCACCUCCUCUUCAGCGUCCAUCUCUUCUAAAACUUCCGCCCCGCCCCCUCCACCGCCCAGACGGAGGGGGACAACAUCAACCCCUAGGAGCAUGAGUCCGCGUCGCUUGACCCGUCGUCGAGCUGGAGACUCGGAUUCUGAUCUUGAAGCCCCAGCCGGUGCGAUGAGUGCUGCUGCAUCCGGGCGGACUACACCCUCGGGCAAUGUCAGUCCCACCGGCGGGCCAGUGAACAAGAAGCUAGACCUUUGGAGACGACGUCUCCAGCGGGCCCAGGAUACUCUAGACCGCCAAGGUAUUCCUUUGUACACGUGGCGGCGUGGGGACGAUGUCAUCGCUGAGGCGUUAGGCAUAGUGAAGGACAACAUGAGGAAAAUGGGCGUCCAACAAGAAAGGCGGCCGUGA